AUCACCUCCCAAAUAGGAGCCGGUCUCCAUGGCAACAGGCAGGAUUUGCCAGCUGGGAGGCAGAGUCAAUCGGUCCUCAGUUGGUAUCACCGCCCCAGCUUCCACACCGCAUCACGCCCCGAGUGGAAUGGAUGACCAGGACAAGAAAGACAAUGGGCAGUACGUCGGCGAGAUUAAAGGUGGGAUGCGGCCUUCAAUGAAACUGGUUGUCAUGGGAAUCAUUGAUAAAAAGCCCAAGAGCAUCGAGGUGACCGUGUCCUGCAAGCCUCAGGAGGAAGAGGCAGAGGCGGACGUGGGUCUGCAGCUGAAGGUCAGCUUCAUGGAUAAGGCUGUCCAGCGUAACGCCCGUUUGGCUGGGAAGUGGGGUCCGUGUGAAAACACACUCUCUUUCUUCCCCUUUGCACCCGGAGAAGCCUUUAAGAUGGAGAUCGUCUGUGAACACCAGCAGUUUCGCAUCUUGGUGGACGGCCAGCCUCUGUGUGGCUUCAACCACCGGGUCUCCAAGCUCGCCUCCCUCACCGCCUUAAGAGUCUUCGGGGACCUACAGCUCACCAAGGUUGCCUAGCGCCGGCCUCUGGCUGACAGGAAGCUGAACUGAGGGUUCCCCCACGCCGCCAGGGGGGACGGUACACACACCGCCAUUAGAUUAGAACUCCUUUUUUUCCAGUCGCCGUCAUCGGGAUGCUUCGCCGUUUUAGUUCGCCGACAAAGUUGCACCAGCCUCGUAAUCCUAUGUUGAGACAAAGUGCCUUCGCUAAGAUUACCUGACUGGAGACUUGAAGAUGCCGACUGAACGUAGCCACAGUCGUCUUGUGUCUUAAAUCGAAUGAGGAAUGUGCUUUUGAGUUGUUGUGAAUUGGAACGCGAUCCAAGGUCUACUCUUUGGGCGAGAAAUGUUCGCGCCUUUGAAGCCACAGAAAAAGCAAGUUAAGAACUCUGGAUUAGAUUUUAUCCCUUCAGAAAAGAAGGUUUCAGAAACCUGUCUUAGACGUUUCUGGAAUUAACCUUUGAAAGCUUUUCAUUUCCUAGAGUUUUUUUUUUUUUAAGUUGAAGACAUAGUGAAGAUUGUUAGUGCGUGCCCUGAAAGACACAGCACUGUAUUUGGAUUUGUCUCAGUUUACAUUGGAUUCAUUUUGUCCCACACAGUUGCAUUCAAAAUGGCGGCACGUUUUGAAACAUCAUCUGAGCUUAAAAUUGCUUUCAAAUCCAUACAACUGUGGAAGAACUGUAGUUUUUCUAGAAUCAGACUUUUUUUAAGCAAUUAAUUUAUAUAAUUGAAUUUUUACUCUGUGCAAUUAUAUAUACUGUAUAUACAUAUAUGGUUUUUUUUUACUUUUAAUUUGCCAGCAAAAAUUUCACCUGGAGAAAUUUGCUGGCUUAAUUUUUAAGAGAGGCUCCUGCUGUCCCUUCACCAGUUUAAUUUUCUCCUCAGUCUGGUGCCGAUUGCUCCGGCCGUGGUCACCAGAGGGUCACCACAUUUUUUGCAGGUGAAAUUUUAGCUGGCAAAUUUGAAAUUAAAAAACAAAAUGUAUACACAUAAUUGCUCAGGAUACAAUGUCAUUGUUAUAAAUUCAACAUCUUAAAAUAGUCUUAUUCUAAUGAGACUAUCUCUUCCAUAUACGUGUAUCGGGAAUGCUGCGCUUUCGAUUCCAAAACCAAAAUGGGUCAAAUUUGCUAUGAAUCUAAAAUUUCUAAAAAAGAAAAAGAAAAAUAGAAAAUCUUGACAGUACAAAAUUGUGAAGCGUGACCAACACGGACUGAACGGCUUUGUUCACUUCCUCUGCUGCCAUUGAAGAACUACAACCCUACACAGGCACGCUGCAAAUGGAGAAAUUCAAUUGGAGAAAUCAAGCUCAAUGGGCGAAAUCCCCGACAGAGCUGGGAGGGAGAUGAGAAUCUAGUGUAGAAAUGACCAGGCUAGCAUACCGUUGAACCACAGCUUCUGAGAACUGGUUCAAAUCUGCGUUGCACUGAGUGGGAAAUGUUUUAUUUUGCCUCACAAACAACAUGUUUAAUGUCAAUCCAUAAUGUCACUCUUGAUUUUCUGUUAUUCAAGAUGCUGCUCGCUAACUAGCUUGUUUUCUUUAAUUGCCUUGUUGUAAAACAUUUUUCCUCUUCCCAACUUUUUCAUCAAAGUGCACUGUUGUUAUGAAUAAGGUCUUAAAUGACCCAUUUUAUUCUGAUUGUCAUAGAUGAACGGACUGUAACCACUCGGUCCUUAAAUAAGAGCAAAAAGUUGUUUUUUAACAGAAUGGACUGAGCUCCACGCUUCUGUUGUUUUCCACUAACACAGAAUUAGCAACAUGAAUGUUUUCACUGUUUAUGCUUUUCUAACAUUUCUUUUGUUUUUCAUCUAGAGCGAAAUUUCCCACCAUUCACCUCGAUUGAUCUAGUUAGUGACGUUGGUCUGCUGCUGUCUUGAGCACAACUGAAUACUGAGACUCGCACGCAAAUCAGCUUCGACAUUGAAAAAGCGUUCACGAAUUGUUCAAAGGUUGUUUUUUUUGUUGUUGUUCUUUUGGCACCUUUCACUGGAAUGUUUCAUAUUUUCAGUCACCGUAAUAAAAAUCAAAUCUGUUUGUUA